AUGCAAGAAACUAGGGAGACUCCAAAAGAGGUUUACAAUGUUAGGGUUCAUUUUGCAUCGCUAGUAGCUUGCUUUGCUGCUGUUAUUAUCGGAUAUGAUGCUGGCUUUAUUGGGGGUACUGUGGUUCUACCUGAGUUUCAAAGAGAAUUUGGCUUUGCUAAUAAAAGUGAAAGUGAUCAGAUCCUCACAAAAGCAAAUAUAAUUUCUUUAUUCCAUGUGGGUGCCUUCUUUGGAGCUUACCUUAUAUAUCCCGUUGGUAUCGUCUGGGGUAGGAUUGUGGGCUUCAUCAUCUCUGGAGCUCUUCUUGUUUUCGGAUCUGCAAUACAAUUGGCAGCAAAUAGUGAACGAGGACUCGGGCCAAUGCUCGCGGGAAGAGUAAUUAGUGGUCUAGGAAUUGGCGCUGUAUCAAAUCUAGCACCAAUGUAUGUAUCGGAGAUUGCACCGCCUGCCAUUCGUGGGCGAUUGAUUGGAAUGUAUGAAGUUGCUUGGCAGGUAGGUGGUGUCAUUGGCUUCUUUAUCAAUUACGGUACCGAAAUUAACCUUGAAGGCAACAGACAAUGGUUGGUUCCCGUUGCACUUCAGUGUAUACCAUCAGGUUUGUUUUUCGUGGGUGUAUUUUUCAUCAAGGAGUCUCCUCGUUGGUAUUACACUAGGGGAAACAAAAAGAAGGCUCUUGAAUCACUAAGCUAUCUUCGGAAUCUCGAUGCUGAUUCAAAUUACAUUGCAUAUGAAAUUGCAGCAAUGGAAGAGGAAUUAAUUCACCGUGAUAAAACUGUUGGAGCAGGCUUUUUUGAUCCUUUUAAGGCUCUUUUUGGAAGAAAGAAUUUAGCAUAUCGUCUCCUUUUGUCGACGUCCAUUUUUAUGUUUCAAAACACUUCUGGUGUUAAUGCUAUAAAUUAUUACUCUGUCUCUAUAUUACUGACAAUGGGCAUCAGUUCACAGAAAACUGGUCUUCUUUCAACUGGUAUCUUUGGUGUCAUCAAGGGAGUAUGCUGUUUUUUAUGGGCUUUCUUUGUUGUUGACAAAUUUGGAAGAAAAGUUCCUGUCAUCUUGAUAUCUACUAUCUGUGCCUUAUGUCUUUGGUAUAUUGGUGUUUAUAUAAAAGUAGCUCAACCAGAAGCUGGAGAUGGGUCUCUAGAUGCUGGAGGUAAGGCUGCUUUGGCAUUCUUUUAUAUCUGGACUAUUGGUUAUGCAUUUUCCUGGUCGGGUACACCUUGGGUGUAUAUUUCCGAAAUAUUUGAUCUGAGUGUCAGAACAUUAGCGCAGUGCAUCAAUGCUUCUUCAAAUUGGUUUUGGGCAUUUAUAUUGGCUAGAUUUACUCAGGACAUGAUAAAUUCUAUGCAAUAUGGAAUAUUUUUCUUUUUUGCGUCUCUUUUAAUGAUAUCAAAUGCUAUAUACUUCUUUGCUUAUCCCGAAACAAAGAAUAUUCCAAUUACUGAUGUCGACUUGUUGUUUCAAAAAGGAGUAAGACCAUGGAAGGCUCAUGCACAUGUUUUGAAGCUUUUGAAAGAACAAGAAGAUUCCGUUUUGGCUGACCCAUGGAGCGACAAAGCGUCGCAGCAGUUCGUUGAAAUUGUUGAAGGAAAAGAACAAGUAUAA